UAGCUAGUGCCGAUACCGAAGUACAAAGCGUAACUCGUUGGCUAUACGCGGCAGUCUUCUUCGCGAUGUCGGCAGAAUCGUGUUGAUUUUCGUGAAUGCUUGAUAAUUUCGUGUACGAAGUAUCCAUAAAGUUUGCACGUAAAUGAUUGUUUUGUGUGUGUGAAGUUUUAAAAUUAGCUAUUUAAUGGAUUGCCGUUCGUCAGUUUGAUUACGUAUGUCGAAACAUGGGGAGCGCAGGCAACAAUACCACAUUAUAUGAAGUUUUGUCUACCGAACUUUUACUUCAAAGAGACACAUUGAUUACAGAUAUAUGGCCCAUACACAAAUGCUUAGAGCACAAUAUAAUUAAUGACACGUCGAACGAUGAACUAACGAAUAGAAUAUUUAUCAACAAUGGAACACAGAUAAUGUGCUUGGAACACGCUCCCAUCCUGACAAAGAGCACCGUAAUACGCGCCAGCAUACUCUCUGUGAUGGCUUUGUUAUCUUUCGCAGGGAAUUUCGCGACGAUGAUAAGCGUACAAAGGGGCAAACGGGGCCGAAGACGAACGAGGCCUUCUUGGACUGCAAUAUAUAGUCUUAUAUUUCAACUAAGCAUAGCCGAUUUGUUAGUAACAGUAUUUUGUAUAGCGGGGGAAGCGGGGUGGUCGUUUUCAGUGCAGUGGUAUGCGGGGAAUGUAGGAUGCAAAUUGUUUAAAUUCCUGCAAAUGUUCUCGUUGUAUUUAAGCACUUUUAUUCUAGUUCUUAUCGGCGUUGAUAGAUGGUUAGCUGUCAAGUAUCCUAUGAAGAGUAUGGCUACUGCUACAAGAAGUACCAAAUUAGUUAUAAUAGCGUGGAUUUUGAGCUUCUUAUUUAGUUUGCCACAAACCGUGGUGUUCAGGGUAGCAAAAGGUCCAUUUGUAGAAGAGUUCUACCAGUGCGUGACCCAUGGUUUUUAUACGGAAAGGUGGCAAGAGCAGGCGUACACUACACUAUCACUUGUCUUUAUGUUUGUUAUACCACUUUUAAUAUUAAUCAGUACCUAUGUGUCUACUGUAAGAACUAUUGCAAAGAGUGAAAAAGUAUUUCAACCGGAGACGAGACGAGAAAAAUAUUUAACUCCAGAUAUGAAUAGACGAAGACUUAUCGAUAGAGCGAAAAUGAAAUCGCUACGAAUGUCUGUCGUUAUAGUAGCUGCAUUUGUGAUAUGGUGGACACCAUAUUAUAUUAUGAUGAUAAUUUUUACAUUCUCAAAUCCUGAUAAACGUUUAAGUGAGGAGCUACUUUCAGGGAUAUUCUUCUUUGGAAUGUCCAAUAGCUUAGUGAAUCCCGUUAUUUAUGGAGCAUUUCACUUAUGGCCCAGAAAGCGAGCUCGAUAUAGUGAUAAGGAAUCUGGUGGACCUCACGCAUCAUUAUUCCGCCGAGGUGACCUCACCUCAUCUGUCAGACUGACCACGAUCAGAUCGAUGAGAUCAUCAGCCAAAUAUACUAACGGACAAAACAAUGUGAGUGUUUUAUAACAAAAUCUGAAGCCAAAUUGGUCUACUAUUUGUGAAGAAAGUACAAAGUAAUCUGUUUCGUGCUUUGUCAAAUAAGUAAAAUUACAGAACUUAUUUGCACGAAUAAUAUGAUUUGUUUCAUCUGACAAUCGAAAUCGUUUCAAGUAAAUAAGAGAAUGAGGACUCUAGUUGAUUGAUGUCAAAGAGUGUUACACAUCUCAUAAAGCUAGUCAAUACAAUACGAAAUAGUUAUGUGCGACAAGGACUUAUUGAAAACACAUUAAAACUAUAGAAAUGUUAUGAAAAUUUCUUAUUAUACGGUGCAAGCAGUAUCAUUUGUAUAUCUACCAUACCGUAUAAAUAUGUAGAAGAAUCAAGAACUUUUUAACAAUUUAAUUUAAAAAAAUCCUAUUUAAUUCGAAUACAAGCGAAUCACUAAUGAAAGGAUUUUGAAGUUAUUAAAUAUUUUGUUUUUUUACCUCGCGAGCGUCAUGUAUUUUAUUUACUUUUGAUGUAAUAACUAAAAGUGUCGCACGGAAAACAUUGAUGCCGAGCAAUAUUGACAAUCGCAGUAAAUGAAAAUCAAAAUUACCAUAACAAUGUGUAUGUCAUACAAACAUAUUUUUACGUGUGACGAAUAUUUGUUUCGGUACAAUUUGUAACAUAACUUAAUUCAAGUUUUAAAUAAUAUUAUUUGGAUGAUAAUUUUACUAUUUUAUUGUUAUAAUGUAAUAUAACGGUUGUAACUUUAAAAGUUAAAUUAAUGUCGUGGCUCAAAUCCACCAUUUCCUACUGUACACCAUAUCAUGAAAUGGUUAAUCCGAUUGGGCCACAACAUACUUAUAAAUAGAAAGAUUUAUCCUAAUUGUGAAAAGUCAAGACGUAACAUAUUCAUAAUACCUAUUAUAAUAUUUAUAGAAUGUUCGAUGUUUUGAAACAAAAUGUAAUAACUAUUUAUGUUUCACAUUUCAUACAUAGUAAUUUAAACUCAUAUUCGUCUCUCAUUGUGAAUCAAAGUAAACAAAACAAAAUGUAUAUUGAAUAUUAUACUUGUUGUACUUUAAUUAUAGUGUAAAAAGGUUAAAUAAAGUUAUGACACACGA